UGUAACCCGAUCAGUUUAGUUUGAAGAGUAAGGAUCAGAAGUUGCAGACAUGAAGGUUAUUGCAAUUAUUUUCCUGGUGCAUUAUGUCAUUUACACAGAUGCUGGAAAAGGAGCCAGCAAAUACUGCAAGACAGCUGACGCAAAGUUGGAUGAACUCAAGGAAAUGAUUGAGAAUUUGAAAUGUCCUUGCCCAGGUAGAAUAAAAAUGUAGUUUUCAAAUUCAUUCGUCGAAUCUUUAUUUGCUUCAUAUUUUCAACUUUUAUAUCUAUUUCUAUGAAAAUCUGUGAAACCAAGGCUUGAAAAAUCCAACAGAAGAGUUUAAAGAUUUGGGUAUCCCUUUUUUUUUUAUCUAGAGCCGCCUCCAGAACCACCCAUGUCUUGCAAAUACGGCUUUGAAGACGGGGCAAAGUAAGUAGUCAUAAUAUCUUAAUGCUUAAGCUUAUACAAAAAACACUGGAAAUAAAAAAUAUUCACAUUUAUGCUAAUAAAAAAGUUUUUUUUUGUGGAUUAAGAGCGAACAAGGAUUACAUGCUCCAGGUGGACGAAUUUACGAAACUGCCUGUUUAUUGUAACAUGGAUGGCGCUGGUCUCGGCGACUGUGGAGGUGGAGGAUGGACGCUGGUCAUGAAGAUUGAUGGCGCAAAGGUAGUUUAAGAGUUGCCAUUUCAUCCACUCACAUUGUCCUUGAACUGUCCUUGAAAUAUUUCACGUGAACUUUUUCAUUAGUAUAUGUUAGAUGCAAUGAUUAAGUUUCAUUCCAUGUCCGUUCUUGAUACGCAAUACAGUAAUUUAGCACCAUAUCAAAGUGCCUCUCUAGUAUGUAGCAAAUAUCAAACCCGAAGCAUUGAUUGAUUUCCAAAAACUGGAGCAGCAACAUGAAUAUCUGUUACCGGAAUCAUUAACAAAAUAUUUAUAGAAGCGUUCUCCCGCCAAAAAAAAGUCUUGUAAAAGUCACUGUAAGCUUUCAGUCUACCGUCUUCGACGGAUAAGGAGAUAUGAUGACAUGAACAAUUAAAGAAAAGACUUGAAUACAAAGAAUGAUACAUAUAAAUAAAAAAUAUCGUGAUGAACAUAUGACAAUAGUGACAUAAAAAAACACACUUAGAGUGUUGAAGUUAAUGUUUGUUCAAAAGGAUGAUGUUUUGUCCUGGGUGUGAGCAAUUAUCAAGAUCCUUUUUUAUAUAUGACAGUAAUAAAUGUCUGCGUAUUUCAAAGGAUUGUUGGAAAAUACUGGUCAGCCGUCUGCAACGAAGCAGAUAGAACAGAAUCAUUGUUGCUUAAUGUUGAAAGUGGGAAAGAUAAUAUCCAGUCUUAUAACAUUCAUCACUUGGGUUGGACCAUGUGACAACUUUAUCGACAAAAUUCUAAAAUUUUGAGUCGUGCAUUUCAUGAAGUGAUAGGGAGAGACAUAAAAUUACUUUUUGAAACACCAUGAGGGCGACUUAAGAGUGCAACACGAUGCAAAAUUUAAGACCCUUUUAUAGAAUCGAUCCUCGCAGCUAUGAACACUACUGAACUAGUAGUUGAAAACAUCAGACCUGUACGGAAUUUGAACCUAUGACCAGUGCAGCGCUCUACCAACUGAGCUAGCAAGCUAACUGGGAGCUGGUCAUUAUGUUGGAUCCAAAUAAACCUUCGAAGUGGUGAAUAAUGGCUGUAAACAUAUGAAAAUCAUAUGAAUAAUGACUGAUGUUUUUCAGGCCUUAUUCAACUACUAGUUUAGUUAUGUUCAUAACUGCGAGGAUCGAUUCUAUAUUCCGGUUUCUUCAACCGCAGUGCACACAUAUGAAUUUAAUAUGUUUACAGCCAUCAUUUAAGACCCUUUUGUUUACUGUCAUAGUCCACAUUUAAAUAUGACUCACCUUUCUGGAGCGACAAGAAAGAAUACGAACCCUCAAACGGGAGAAAUUUGGACGCCGGAGAGACCAAGUUGCCAACCUAUUGGAGCACCUCCUUUACAAAGAUCUGCCUGGGUAUGAAGGUUGGUGCGGAAAGUAAGUUCAUCGUUUUGAACCAGGAGGCAAGUUCACUGCACUCCCUGAUAGCUGAUGGCCAAUAUCGCCAAACCUCACUGGGCCGAGAAGCAUGGAAGAAUCUCAUCAGUGAAGCCUCCCUACAGCAAAAAUGCAACAAAGAAGGCUUCAACGUCUUAAGCGAUGUGGCAAAUCAUUCGAAAGCACGAAUUGGUAUCGUAGGCAACAAUGAAGAUGAUUGCAGAACCAGUGAUUCCCGAAUCGGGUUUGGUACCGCUGGAUAUCCAGACGAUACCAAUUCGUGUGGCGACGUGGCCAAGCACGGUGGAGAUAAAGGCGACAAACUCAUCAAAGCCAUGGGGUACAUCUUCGUUCAGUAGAAACAGUGGAACUUCAAGCUUUAGGGGCCGAGCUAAGCUACUAACUGCUGAGUAUAGUUUUUAGUACAUGCAAGCUAAAAAGUGUUAUCGUUGAGAAAAGUAAUAAAAUGGAUUAUUGGGUG